ACCCAUAUUGCCCUCUCUCUCUCUCUCUCGCUCUCUCUCAAAAUAUCUAACACUUCCUCUCCAUCGAGAGAAUAUAAUCUCUCUCUUUGAACACAGUAAAACACUACCCAUCAUCAUCAUCAUCAUCAUCCUUAUCAGCAAGAACUCAAAAUCAAGAAGAGAAGAAAAAGAAAACGAAGAAAAAGUUUUUUAUCUUCUUCCCUUCUUGCUCCUUGUACACUUUUGAUCUGCAAUUCUCUUUGUUUCUGUGUUUUUCUUGUUUUUAUUCUAUUUUUUUCCCCCUCUUUCUCGUACAGCAACAACCCUAAUAAAGAAAGAAAACACAGCAGAACAAAGUAAUAUUUAUUUGAACCAUGACCCUUGAAGACUCUUUAAGAUCUCUCUCUCUAGACUAUCUCAAUCUGCUCAUCAAUGGCCAAGCCUUCUCUGAUGUAACUUUCAGUGUAGAGGGUCGCUUAGUUCAUGCUCACAGAUGUAUUUUAGCAGCAAGAAGCCUCUUCUUUAGGAAAUUCUUUUGUGGACCCGACCCACCAUCUGGGUUAGACCCAUCCGGGUCAAGGAUAAACUCGUUGGGAUCACCAGGUUCGAGGCCAAAUGUUAUACCAGUGAACUCAGUGGGAUAUGAGGUGUUCUUGUUGCUGUUACAAUUCUUGUAUAGUGGACAAGUCUCUAUUGUGCCUCAAAAGCAUGAGCCAAGGCCUAAUUGUGGCGAGAGAGGGUGUUGGCACACGCAUUGCACCUCAGCCGUUGAUCUUGCCCUCGACACUCUUGCUGCCGCUAGAUACUUUGGAGUUGAACAGCUUGCAUUGCUUACUCAGAAGCAAUUGGCUACCAUGGUGGAGAAGGCUUCAAUUGAGGAUGUUAUGAAAGUCCUAAUUGCUUCAAGAAAGCAAGACAUGCACCAACUUUGGACUACCUGCUCCCAUCUUGUGGCCAAAUCAGGCCUACCACCCGAAGUUCUAGCUAAACAUCUUCCCAUAGAUGUUGUGGCCAAAAUUGAAGAGCUACGCCUCAAAUCUUCUCUUGCUCGUAGAUCACAUAUGCCUCACCACCACCACCAUCACGAUCUAACCGCAGCAGCUGAUCUUGAGGACCAAAAGAUUCGAAGAAUGAGAAGGGCACUAGACUCUUCUGAUGUUGAACUAGUGAAGCUUAUGGUAAUGGGGGAAGGCCUAAAUCUUGAUGAAGCAUUGGCUCUACAUUAUGCAGUUGAAAAUUGUAGCAGAGAAGUGGUUAAGGCCUUGUUAGAGUUGGGUGCAGCAGAUGUUAACUAUCCGGCCGGACCAGCCGGGAAAACCCCACUUCAUAUCGCAGCAGAAAUGGUGUCACCGGACAUGGUUGCAGUCCUUCUAGACCACCACGCUGACCCUAAUGUAAGAACAGUUGAUGGUGUGACCCCUCUUGAAAUUCUUCGAACCCUAACCUCCGAUUUCCUGUUUAAGGGGGCAGUCCCGGGGUUAGCUCACAUUGAGCCCAACAAGCUUAGGCUGUGUCUUGAGCUUGUCCAAUCUGCAGCUCUGGUUCUUUCACGUGAAGAAGGAAAUAUUAAUGCACCUACUUCAACUCCAAUUUAUCCACCCAUGAGCGAAGAACAUAACAGCAGCAGCAGUAGCAAUCUUGCCAACUUGAAUCUCGAUUCACGAUUGGUUUAUUUAAAUCUUGGAGCUACAAGUUCAGGCCAAAUGGGAUCAAGAAUGGAAGGAGACGAUGAUUGUAGUCAUAAUAGCCAGAGAGAUGUCAUGAGCCGGCAUGAUCCAACGAUGUACCACCACUCUCACGACUUCUAGCUCAACGUAUAAGAGAAUACACAUAUAUUAGAUGGAGGAGAAAGCCAAGUAAAACCUUCAUGAAAGCUCAUGGACGCUAUUAUUAUUAUUUGAUUAUAUAUAUAUAUAUCCCUUUCUUGUCAGUUCUUUCUUUCACUUGCUUUCUCUUCCUUUCUUUUCUUUUGCUGUCUUCUCUUUUAUUUUUUGUUUCCUCCCUCCCUCUCCCUCUCUCUUUCUCCCUGUCUCUGGUGCUUGGGUUUGUUUUCUUUUGAUUUUUGUAGGCUUUCAAUGAUCAUCAUCAUAUGAAGAAGUGAAGUUUCAUUGGAGAUGGGAUGUAUCUUUUCUCAUGGGAUGAGACAAGGAGAAUCUGAGCUUUUGCUCUCUCCCUGGUGAUAUAAUCUGGAGGUGAUUUGGAAGAAGAGGAGAGAGAACUUGUUAAGAGAGAGAAAGAGAGAGGAAGGAUGAAAGAAAGAGAGACGCAGGUCAAUCUUUUCAAACUCGGCCUGUCAACUCCUUUGUAUUUAUUGAUAAAUCUAAUAUCAUCACCUAUAUUUUUAGCCCUUUUA